GAAAACAAAUUUCCCCUUCCUUUCGCCCAGAGGAACAGAGGAUGCCAUCCGAGGAAGAAUCCUCUUCUAAUCCCUUGUUCUAUUGGGACGCCGACGCCGAGGAGGAGCUCCGAGCCAUCGAGACUGCCUACGCCUCCUCUUCCGCCAAGCGGCGGCUCUGCGAGCUCGAGGCCCGCGACCCCGACGCCGCCGAUCAGCGAUCCAAGGGCCGCCGUUUGCCCGAUUGGGGGAAGACCAACGCCGCCCUGUCGAGAGGCCGCGCCGCCGAUAGGAUGCCCCCUUCUUUUCCUAUAAAUGGGCUUUGGAGUCUCGCUCGCCGUCCUUGCCGAGAAAACUUCAAAAUGAAAUAUCCAGCCAUGGUUUUUCAGGGACAGAUUAUAUAUAGUAGGACAGCUCCUGAAGUAGAGCUAGCUGCUAAGGAGAUUUUGGAUAAAAUUAAUUCCAUGAAGGAUAAUUCUGAUCAAGUCUCUCUUGGAUUUGAUAUCGAGUGGAGACCUCUGUUCAAAAGAGGAGAAGCGCAAAGGAAAGCUGCAGUGAUGCAGAUAUGCAUGGACAACUCUCGUUGUGAUGUAAUACACAUCAUUCAUUCUGGAAUUCCUCCUAUUUUGAAGUCCCUUUUGGAGGGUAAUUCAUCUGUCAAGGUUGGAAUAGGUGUAGCCAACGAUGCCUCGAAGAUUUCAAAGGAUUAUAAUAUCUGUGUAGAACCUGUGGAGGAUUUGUCAAGCCUUGCAAAUCUCAAGAUUGGUGGAGAUCCUAGGAAAUGGGGUCUCAGUUCUUUAACCGAAACGAUUACAUGCAAGCAGUUGAAGAAGCCUCACAAAAUAAGACUGGGAAAUUGGGAAACUGAUGUGUUGUCAAGAGAGCAACUCCAGUAUGCUGCCACUGAUGCAUUUGCAUCUUGGCAUUUGUAUCAGGUUCUGAAGGGCUUCCCAGAUGCAAAAGCUGAAGCUGAAGACAUGACACAAACAAGCCAUGCUGUUUCAUGACUAAAGCAUCCCUCUAUAUUUAUCACAAUUCUUUUUUCAUGAUGAUAUCUGGUUCAGGUAGUCGUCACAUGAAGAAGCAUGAAGAAUGGCUGGCAACUAGAUUGCGUUGGAUGGAAACAGAAUCCAUGUAUACAGUGUUGUCUAAGUUUGGGAAGGGCAGCUUGUCUUGCAGGUGAACAUGUCUGUUGCUUUCUGUACUUUAUUUUAUUGUUCAUCUAGAUCUAUUCCGAGUUUUGUUUGACAUUGUCAUGUUCCCUUUUGCUGGGGAAUGGAUGAAGCUGAAUGAAUCAUAAACUUUUCCAAAUUUUGCUACUUAAAAUAUGAGGUUGUGCUUGA